UGGGGUCGCCAGAGCGCCCGCUAUAUAAACCUGGCUGUACGGGGUACCGUCACACUUCUGCACUCUGCAAACUGACUCGUCUGCUGCACAGCUCUCCCCAGCCAACAGCCAACAUGAAGCUGCUGCUCGUUGCCGCCGCCCUCAUCGCCGUAGUCGCCGCCCGCCCCCAGAAGCCUGGUGAGGCCGUCAUCCUAGAGCAGAGCAUUGACAACGAUGGACUCGGCCAGUACACCUUUGGGUUCAAGACGAGCGACGGGCUGAUCCGGCAGGAGCAGGGAGUGGUGAAGAACCAGGGCACGGAGAACGAGGCGCUCGAGGUGCGCGGCACCAUCACGUGGAAGGGCGCCGACGGCAAGGACUACAGCAUCAACUUCAUCGCCGACGAGAACGGCUUCCAGCCGCAGUACACGCAGUAGGCGCUCGCGCCCUCCAGGCCACCAGACUGACCCGCCCACGACGACCGGCACCGCGGCGCUGGGGGGCGUGGGGGCUGAGGGGGCUCACGCCGCGGGAAGCUGCCGACAGAGUUCCUUCCAUCUCGCACGACGAGGGGCUGCCAGCAAUCUCUUCUAACCCUCCACCUUCUUUUCUCUCUUCUACCCUAAACUGUAAAUAAUUGUUCAAAGUGUCAAUAAAAGUGAUUAUCAGUUAAA